UCAGGUGUCGGAGAGAUGAGAGCAGGAGGCGUGGAGGAGAGCCCGUACAAAGAAAAGAAAAGAGUCCUGAAACUGAAGAACCCUGCAAAGAUCUGGAAGACCCUCAAACCGCAGAACACCGCCAACACCACCGAGAAUGAGGCUGAGGUUGGAGAGAAUCUGCUGCAGGAACAGAAGGCAGAGACUUUGGAGGAGAUCAGCAGGAGGCUGAUCAUGAGGGAGGAGCAGCUUUUCAGUCAAGCCUCCAUCAGUGAGGGUGAUGAGGACCAGUUGCACAAAGACCUGGAGGACCUCAUGCUGCAGAUAUGGACAGCUAUUCACGACACCUUCGCCUCCUCCCCUACCUCCUUCUCAGGGGAGAUGGAAGUCCUGAGGAGCGCUGUGCUCGCCAUCCAGCUGCAGGAGGAACAGGACCGCCGCUGGACUGGGAGUCCAGAGGACCGAGUCCCAGUGUGGCGUCCUCAGAAGUGUCUGAGCACUCAUAACAGACUGCUGCAGAACAUGGUGGAGUCUCGGCUGGUGAAGGCUGCUGAGGAGGAACAAGGAGGAGCUGACGGCCUGUCGUCUCCUCUGAAGAGGGAGGUGUGCCUUGUAGGUAGGCGUGUGAAGGAGGACCUGCUGACCGUGGCGAGGGUGGUGGUGAACUGUUACCCUCCUCAGAUGGACAUCCUGAACCUGUACGCAGGACUCUACCAUAGGGAUUUCUCCACUCGAAUGAACAAACUCGCCGCCUCAGAACUGAAACCAGACGACUGCUGCUACCUGCUGUUCUGGACCAAUCACUGCUACCCAAAUGAAAUUUUAAAACAUGAUGAUCUGGAGGGGAAAAUAAAGACGGCCUGCCUCGGUUCUCUGCUUCAACCACAAACCCUGGACCGACUGGAGGACCAGUACCUGACCCACAAGCAAGACAAAAUGAAGCUGUGGCUGAAUGCAGCGCUGAGGAAAGAAGAGGAGAGCUGGCUGAGUGGGAAAACACCUGAACUCAUCGACCAAUACUGCUUCAGCCCUCUGGCUAUCGACAUCAUCCAGAUGAUAGACGGCUCCCUGUCAGAGUUCAGCUGUACUGUCAGGGAGCAGACGCAGGCUCAGAGGCUCAUGGCUCACCUGGAGAGCUUCCUCAUCAGCUAUAAGAAGUGUGUGGAGGAGUUUUUGAAAGGAAACCACGGGAACAUACGCCCAGUGAUCAAAGCUCAGCUGGUCUGUGAGCAACAGUUCAGGAAUUACAUCACAGGUUUAACAGGAAGUCUGUCGGAUCAGCAGAGACAAAGCUGUCUGGACACGCUGUCUGCCUUGAAGGAUUGUGGGUACAAAUGCCUCGCCUGUCCCAAACUCCUGCAGCUGAAGGUGCAUUUGAGUCAGCUGUGGACGGCAGCCUGGAUGGAUGGGUCACUUCCUGUGGUGGACUCUUUGCUCGACUUUCUGAACGAACAGCUGAGUGACCUCUGUGACCUGAAACCGACCUGCAGACAGUCCGUGCUGUCUGUCCUCCAUGAGGACGUCAUCCACCAGUACGUGAAGACAACGAUGAAGACCAGGAGCAGGAGCAAGGAGCAGCAGGUGGCCGGAGCUCAGCAGAUGGUUGAUGAUGCCAAAAAGAUCAACGACUUCUUCAGCGAGGGGGGCUGCAGUGAGUCUCUGUGGCUCGGGGAGAUGCUCGUCAGCCUCGCUGAGAUCGUCCGCCUGCAGGAUCCAGGAAGUGUUCAGUUAGAGAUGGUCAGCCUGGCCAGACGCUUCCCCGACCUCAGUGACGCUCACAUCUUGGCGCUGCUAUCACUGAAAACCGGCCUGUCAGCUGCUGAUGUCCGCUCCAUCAGGCGGAGUGUGGAAGACAACCGCCUCCAUGGUGUCUCCACCAAUCAGAGCCCUCUGUUCUUCUCCAAAAUCAAAGUGAAAUGGAUCAAUACUAAGAUGAACCAGCUGAAGAGCUGA